AUGGCAGAUAUCAAUUUGGACGGUCAAUGGUUUGUCGAUGGUGGAACACUUCUGGGAUCUAUCCGACAUCACGAUUUGAUACCUUGGGAUGACGAUGCUGACAUUAGAUUGGAUGACAAAUAUUGUCCAGUGAAUCAAGCUGCCCUGAAGAAACUCGCUCCCAAAUUCCUCACUUACAAAUGGGGUGGGCAUGAUAAACUCUACUUUGCUCCAUUUAAUGCCUCAACAAAUGUCACUCCCAAAUCAAUUGGUAGUCAAGCCAUUGCUUAUCGUCCAUUGGGCAAAACAGUGGUUUCCGGUACUGUGACGACAAAUUCGUUUCCUCGAAUCCUACACUUUGGAACAGGUGUUGCCACAAGCACAUCUUCUAGUUUUUAA